AUGGAACAGAGUCUGGACGGUCUGCAGAUCCAUGCAGCAUGGAAGGUACAGCAACGCCUCCUCGCACACGCUCUCAGACUCGGUAUGGCGGAAGAAUGGACUCCUUCUGAGGACAUGUCAACGGCGUGGUCGCGGAGAGUAGCGCAUGAGACAUUUUUCUGA